AUGGUAGUUGAGGCUUUGGUUCCUUUGCUUGAGAAUGAAGGUGUGAAUGAAGAUUAUUCAGCUUCAUAUGAUAAUGAACAGAAAGAGGAAGGGAAUCAUAAAGUCUGUUGCUCCUCCAAGGCUAACUUGCAGAUCAGGGAACUUUGGACUGAUGGACUUAUUUGUGCUUUCGAGUUCAUCCGCGGCUCUCGGAAGACUCAUUCCUCACCAGCAGUUAGGGAUGUGGCCAAGAAAAAAGAUUUUCAAGACAAUCAAGUUAAUCAAUUGAAAAGAAGUUCUAGUGGAAACGGCUUUCACGAAUCGCAUUUUCCGGUAGAGAAGUCAUCUGGUGGGUUGGAUCGUGAUGAAUUCGAUGAAAAUAACUGUUUUGCUAAAGAGGGCCAUUCUAGAAGUUACUGGAAACCAAUUGGUUGGGCUAGAGUUUCUGAACUUGUCCUGGCUGUGCAUAGUGAUGCUAGCUGGGCAUCGCAGCUGCAUGAUUUUACCGAUGAUGAAAGUGAUGUUCCUGUUGCGGAUGUAGCAACUCCUUACUGGGAAAGGCCGGUUGGUCCAAUCUGGUGGUGUCAUUUGGAUGCUGCUCAUCAGUAUGUUACGACAUGGCUUGCUAGUGCGCAGUGGCUACAUCCUGCUAUUAGCAUUGCCUUGCAUGAUGAAAGCAGGUUAAUAAGCGAUCGAAUGAAACACCUUCUGUAUGAGGUUCCUGUUCGAGUCGCUGGUGGAUUACUAUUUGAACUUCUAGGGCAGUCUGCAGGCGAUCCAUUUGCUGAGGAAGAUGACAUUCCCGUUGUAUUACGAGCAUGGCAAGCACAGAACUUUCUGGUCACAGCUUUGCAUGUUAAGGGCUCUGCGUCAAACAUCAAUGUUUUAGGUAUUUUAGAAGUUCAGGAACUUCUGGCUGGCGGAGGAGCUAACAUUCCACGCAGCAUUCACGAAGUUGUCGCACACCUAGCUUGUCGUCUUGCAAGAUGGGAUGAUAGGUUGUUUCGUAAACACAUCUUUGGGGCCGCUGAUGAAGUUGAAUUGAUGUUUAUGAACAGGAGAAACCAAGAGGAUUUGCAUCUGUUCACUAUAAUAUUGAAUCAGGAAAUUAGAAGAUUAUCAACCCAGGUUAUAAGAGUGAAAUGGUCGCUCCAUGCACGAGAGGAAAUCAUGUUUGAACUUCUUCAGCAGUUGAAAGGGAAUGUAACAAGAUCAUUACUGGCCGGAGUAAUGAAGAGUACAAGGCAAAUGAUUGAGGAGCAAGAAGCAGUUCGAGGCCGUCUCUUCACAAUCCAAGAUGUAAUGCAAAGCGCAGUCCGUGCAUGGUUGCAGGACAAAAGCCUCACGGUUACACAUAACUUGGGAGUGUUUGGUGGUUGCGGUCUUGUCCUUUCCAUCAUCACUGGACUAUUCGGCAUAAAUGUAGAUGGAAUACCUGGAUCUGAAGCAACUCCUUAUGCGUUUGUUCUUUUCUCCGUACUCUUAGUUGUGUUGGGAGCAGUUCUGAUUGGAAUUGGAUUGCUUUAUCUUGGGCUGAAAAAACCCAUCGUUGAAGAAAAUGUUGUAGUGAGAAAACUAGAGCUUCAAGAGCUGGUUAGGAUGUUCCAACAUGAAGCAGAAACUCACGCCCAAGUAAGGAAAACGGUGCCUCACAAGGAUGUUCCUCAAACUGCAGCUGUUAGGCCACCAAAUGGCGUGAAUCGUCGCUUCAUGAUUUCAAAUGAGAAAUGUAUUUUUACUGCUUAA